AUGAAUCGCUUCAAUGGCGAUAAUCUCUGUUCUUCGUCUUCUUCAUCAAUAAUCUCAUCAGAUUUCAAUCUUCUUCAUAUCAAAAUCCUCAACAAUGUUGUUACAAACACUCUUCGUGUUGUUACUUGGACAGAUCGUCUCCUUCACAGUCGCACUAAUGAGUUUCACCGCCUCUUACUCUGCAAAUCUAGGUGUCUUGGUAUUGAAAUUGGAAUUGGAUUUGAUUUGAUUUGUGCAGUUAAUAAGGCGUAUGAAUAUUCGCCGAUUACGAGUGUGACGAUAUUGAGCUGUUGUGCGAUUGCUUGGGCGAUUGUUUUGACAUGGAUUUUUCUUGGGACUAAGUAUUCGUUUUGGCAACUUUUUGGAGCUGUUCUUUGUGUUCUUGCUCUUGGUUUAGUUCUCUUCUCCGAUGCUGCUGAUGCUUUACUCGAUAAUUCAGGAGGUGGCUUGUUGUCAUUUCUUGGUGAUGGCAUGGUUAUUGCGGGUACUCUGUUUUUUGCAAUGAGUAAUGUUGGUGAGGAAUUUUGUGUGAAAAACAGAGACCGAGUUGAAGUUGUAUUUAUGGUUGGUUUGUAUGGUCUCAUUGUUACCAUUGUUCAAAUAUUCUUUUUAGAGAGGAAGAGUCUUGAAUCCCUCCAAUGGUCACCAGAAAUUGUGUUAUGUUUUGCAGGAUAUGCUAUUUCAAGUUUCACACUCUAUUCUCUCAUUCCUUACAUUUUAAAGGCAGUAUUUAAUUUACUAUAUUAA